AUGUUUACACCGGAAGUGGGGCGUGUCCCGGGGCGUGGUCACAUGGAUGACGCACCCGCCACGCCCCCUGACGACGGAAGCGGCGUGGGGUUCGAACGGCGGCCCUCGGACUCGAGGGGUCUCGAUCGCAGUCGCCGACAAAUAAACAACAACAAUAACAACAACAAUCGGCAAGAAGAAGAAGUGGUAAACCACAAGUGAACAACUCCCACAGGCGAAGCGGCGCGUGGAGCGGCACCGCGAGGCGGUGAGGAUGGACGCGAGCGACAGCGGCGGCGUGGACUGAGCAGGAAGAGUUGAGGCGAGGGUCGAGCCUGUGUGUCUACUUGUGUGUGCAGGCUUCUGCAGGAGUAUGCAGGGAAGAUUGGAGGUUCUGGCCUUGGCCAGCAUCAAGCGAAGGAAGCCAUGGCCUCAGAUCAGAUGGAUGGGCCUGGACUCGGAGAACCUGCUGCUGCUGGACGAGCGCCGCGCCUCGGUACUUUUCCUACCGUCGGGACGCACGCGGCGCCGAGUUCCACGCCUCCACCCGCUGCUCCCGCGCGUCGUCGCCAUGGCGCCGUCCAGAAACGGCGCGUGGCUCGCCGGCGUGCUGGUGAGCGGGGAGUUGUUCCUGUGGCACAAGGACACGGACUCACUGAAGACGGCACCCGCCCACCCGGCCGUGCUGGCGCUCACGAGCAGUGCGGGCGAACAAGGCUCGACCGCCCGUCUGUGGGUGCUCCCCUCGGACGAGGGCCGGCGCGUGCUGCUUGGGGGGUCCCCGGACGGGCCCCUGCUGUGGGAGCUGCGCGGGGUGGAGGGCCCCCCGCACGCCGUGCCGGGCUCACUCCUGCUUGGCCACUGGGCUCAGCUGCCUCCGCCUAGCGACGUGCCGCUGCCCGGCGCCGCCGACAAGGAGGCCGCGGCGCACGCGGUGUUCUUCACAGAUCCGGAGCUGGGCGAUUGCUGCCUCUGCUCGUUUGUGUUCAGCGCCGGCGAGAGUCUCAUCAUGUCGAGCCUCCUCCUCCGCUGGCUCGACGGCUCGGACGCGCUCUUCAGCGUGGCGCCAUUCAGUGCCACGUGGCACGGGUUUGCCUGCGCACUGGGCUCCCUCUCCCCCGCGUGCGAGGCCGUGAAGUCGCGCGGUGCGUACGUGGCGCGUCUCUCCAGCGAGGGGCACGUGCUCGCCAUCGCCGUCAACCAGAGGCACCCCCAGGCCACCCAGGUGCUGUUCACGUCUGCGACGGGCGGCGUCUCGGUGUCCUCCCACCUGCAGGGCUGCGGCUUCCGCGGCCCCACCCUGCUGCCCAAGUUCAUCAGGUCGUACUGGGUGAGCGACGCGAGCUGGCUGAGCGGGGACGCGCUGCUCGCGUGCAUGCUCAAGCGCGGCGCUCUGCUGCUCGUGUCUCGCCUCGGGGAGCCCCUCUCGCUCUCCACGCACGGCUGCUCAGUGGAGUUCGGUCCGGCCCUCUUCAUCCCUCUCCACCCCCUCGUCACGUACAGUGCAAGUGGUAGUGCCGACGCGACGGCGUCGCACGGCUCGGCCGCCUCCGAGGCGGACGCCCUGCGCCAGCGGUUCUCCGUGAGCGCGCACCCCCGGCUGCCCUUCCUGCUUGCGUCCGAUGGGUACGUGGUGACGGUGAUGCGUUUGGGCGGUGAACUGGCGUCGGCGAGGCUGGUGCAGGCUGCGCUGGAGGACGUCCACCGCACGCUCGAGGACGUCCGCAUCGGCCUGGCGGCAUCGCGGCUUCCUGGCGAGGCGGUGCUGCUACGGAGCCUCUCGGUGCUGGGCGCGCCGCCCCCCGAUGAGACGGUGACGGCGGACGCCGCGGCGGCGCCGCCGCCACUACCGCCGCCCCCCUUUCUGCAGCAAGACCCCGACGAGUGGCCCUAUAGGGGCCACCGAGCUCUGCAGGGCGACGACCUCUACGACGACCUUUCGGACGAAGAGGAAGGGGGGGCGGGGGAUGCGGGAGGAGGGGGGGGCCCCGACCCCCACCCGUACGUGCGCAUGGAGCACGGCCGCGUGGAGUUUGCGGGGAUGCACGAGGAAUCCCGGACCGCCGAGGGGGAGAUGGAAUUGACGGCGGCGGGCGGCACCAUCACGGGCGGCGCGGAUCUCUCGGCCCGGCUCUCGUUCGCUCAGCGCCGGCUGCUCGUCGCGUGGCACCUGCUGCUCACCCUCAGGGAUGUCGACUUCUGGGACACCUGGAUGACCUUCACCGUAAAGUGCGUGGCUCGCCUGUCGGUGCUGCUGCAGUUCUCCGAUCGGCCCCGCGGCAGCGCCGGCCCCGCCGGCAGAGCCGCGUCACGCUCCAUGCGCCGCGACCCCUGGCCCUUCGCGGUGCUGCAGCUCUUCCGGCGCUGCGCACUGGUGCUCUGUUGGCCCGGCGAGCCCCUCCCCCUGUCUCUCCACUGCAGUCACCGCCGGCGCCGGCACCGCCGGGCCCUUCCGUACGGCGCUCGGCUGAGCCUGGAGGUGGCAGCGGCGCUGCUGGGCGGGCGCGCCGACACCGGCGACACUCGCUCGCGCCUGCGGUCGCUGCUCGCCGCUCUUUCCUUGCUGUCCUUCGCCGAGGCGUGGCUCGACCGCGCGUGCGGGCUGGUGCUGGCACCGGCGCCAGAUCCGCCGGUCCACCCGCCGCUUCCCGAACCGUGCCUUGCGCCACCGGUAGAGCCUCCCGGUGAGGACGAUGAAGUGCCAGCGGAGGUGGCGAUGGAAGAAGCGAUGGCAGAUUCCGUACGAGAGGGGCUUGGCACUGGUGCGGAGCUCUACGCGUUGUGCCAUGCACCGGCAGCAGCAGACCGGCGGGUGGCGCCGACUUUUUCCAGGCGGGUCACGGUGGUGGGGCCGGAGUGGCUCAGGUCCGUCCUGCACCUCCCCGCACGCAGCGCCGGCAGAGAGAGUAGCCGGCCGGCACACAGGCUCGUCACCUGCUGGAGGCUGCUGUACAGACACGUUUUGCAGUUCCAGCAGCAGCUGCAGUGGCGGCACGGUGCUGAUGACUGUGACGACGGGGCAGCUCAGGAGCGGCUGGUGGCCUCGCGUAUCGCUGCGGCAGUGCAGGCACACCUGCAGUGCGUGGACGGGAGCUUUCCACGGCAGAAACCGUUGCUUGACAUCGCCGGAGAGGAACUAUACCUGAGCGGCUCAUACCACGAGGCAGUGCACACCUGGCGGAGGGCGGUUCUGGAAGAGACCGACUCAGGGGGGAGGCGUGGCGCUCACCUGCAGACGCGGCACUGCCUGUCGCUGCUCUACGCUCACCUGCGCGCGCUCCACCUGCUCCCCGCACUCUGCCUGUGCGACCGCAUGGCCGCACGCCUCCUGCACCCGCACACCGACACAGCGCCGGGGAUUUGUGAGCGGGCGGCGCUGGCUGUGGUUCGCUCCAUGGGCCGGUUCAUGGCGGCAUACUUCACCAAUCGUGCACUCUACGUGUUCCCCCCGCACAGCGUGCAGACGCUGCCACCGCUGCACACGACGGCAGCUCCUUCCCCGCGGUGGCGCUUGCUGCCGGUGAGCCGUGCCGGCGUGAGCGCGAGCGCCCGGGCCCAGCGCGUGUCGUCGGCCUGGAGCCCCGAGUACGCGCUGGAGCUGCUGCUCGUGGCGGGGCUCCACACGGAGGCCGUGUGGCUUGCGCGCACGCUCGGUGACUGGAAGACGGCGGUGGCCGUCGGCCUGGCGUACCGCUCGCACGACCACCACCACCACCACCACAGCCGCCACCUCCACCGCCGCCACAACGGCAGUCUAGCUGGCGCUGAUCCCGCGGGGCCACCGUGGGCAUCGCUGCAACUCCCCGACGACCUCCGCCCCGCGAGGAUUUUGCAGGAGAAGCUGCAGGCGCUGCUGCAGACGCCUUUAACGGCGCCGCAGAUGGACCCGGACGGAGCCCGGGCGGCCGAUGGAACAGCCGGCACCGCGUCCGACUCCGCCGCUGGCGCUGCCGCCGGCGCUGCCGACGAGGAGGGAGAGGACGAUGCCCCGGACGCUCUGCUGGCCGCGCUGCGCGAGAUGCUGCACGCGGCCGCCAUGGCCGGGGUGGACGCGCUGGGUCCCGCGCUCGCCGGCGCCGUGGAGGCGGCCCGGGAGCGCGCCGGGGGAGGCUGCCUGGCCGGGCUGGUGCCGCCGGGCCUCUACCUGCCGGCGCCGCCGCUGUACUGCCCGCAGCUCGGCGUCGAGCUCCAGGAGGGUGAGGACGCGGCGCUGGCGCAGGAGAAGCGCUCCCGGCACGGCGCGUCGAGCGCGCUGCAGCGGGCGCUGGCACUGCUGCGCGCGUCCCGCUGCUCCCUCCCCGCCGCGCAGUGGUACAUCCGCCGCCUGCAGAGAGUGCGGCGCACCGUGGGCAAGAUCCGUGCCAAGGAGGGGCGGCCGCCCCCCAAGCCGCUGCCCCCCUCCCUGCUGGUGUACACGAGGAUGCGGGGCGUUGCGCUCGAGCGAGCGGGGGCCGAGGGGCAGGGCACGACGGCGCGCGUUCUUGGUUGCUUCCGUGAGCUCUGUGCCCUCUGCUUCCUGCUGCACAUGCGCGACCGCCUCUCCGAGUGCUGCCGCAAGUACCAGGCGGCGCGCGACAGCCUGCACACCGUGCAGCAGGAGCGCGGCUCGGUGUUCGCGUUCGACGGCGCGGUGACGGCGCAGUGCGAGGCGGCGCUGGCGUGGGCGUGCCGCCUGCUGCCCUUCGCACGCUUCCUGCACGCCGAGGAGCUGCUGCAGGACCUCGUGCUGAGCCUCGUCGCAGAGCUGCCCCCCACACGACAGAUGGCGGAGAUUCUGGCGCAGGCGUUCCCGGACGCGGAGGUGGUGCGCGUGCCACUGCAGGACAAACACCGCUCGCUGCUCAAGCGCCUGCGCUACGUCAACGUGCAAGAUGCAGAGGAGGGCUCAGCGGAGCAGCAGAGCGUGUCCCUGUGUCUGGACGAGCAGCAGGAACGCCGCGAUCGCUUCCUGGCGCGCGUCGCUCGCACCAUGGGCACCGUGCUCGCCCACAUCUGGGAGCCCGCCUCCAACAACGACCACGGGGACGACUACGAUGACGCCUCGGUGUCCGCCGCCAGGUUUCGUCCGCUGUUGCGCUCCGGGUCGGCCGACUCGGAAAGCGCCGGCAAUGCGGACGAGCCGCCGGCGGCGGCGGCGGCGGCGCUGGGGGCCCCGGAUCCAGACGCGAGCAGAAAGCGGCCGGCGGUUCGGUGUUUCUCCGAUUCGCUCGUGCGGCACGGCACCGUGCCGGGCAGGGGUUUGUCGGGGAGCAAGGCGCCACUGCCGGCGUCGUCGCCCACGUCGGCCGGGGCGACGACGCCGGUGGCCGCGGCGGAGCCGUUGGGGAAGACGCGAGUGAGGAAGGGAUUGUCGCUGGACGAGCGGGUGGGCGCCGGAGGGAGGAGGAGACGGGCGAGCGGUGGUGACAGCAAAUCGCCGUUCCGCGACGAGUGGUCCGAUUCCGGGAGCCGCGUUGUAGCCGGAAACGCCGGCACUGAUCCGGUGCACGGCACUGGCAGAGAGGGAGCGGCGGCAGCGGCGGCGGCGGCGGCAUCAGCGGCGGCGUCACUGCCGCCUGUCGGGAGCUGGGAGUUCGAGCUGGAGGACGACGAGUACCUGGACUUCCUCGACCUCUUCCUGGGCUACAUGCUCGAGCGGGACUUGGCGGGCGGCGCCGGGCAAGAUGGCGGGGCAGCCGACUCGGUGCCGCUGCUGGCGCCGUUCACCGAGCUGCUGCGGCGGCGCGAGCUCACGUCGCUGGCGUUUGAGGCGCAGGCGAUGCUGAAGCGCUGGGUGGAGCGGCACGGCGGCGCCCACCGGCCGCUGGCACGAACUAACAGCCUCCCGGCGGCGCGGGAGCGCAAGCGCGGCCGGGCGAUCGCGGGGACCGGCGGUGCUGCUGCCGCGCUCGACGAGAAGCCUCCGUUUGAAGCCGGCACGCUCUACCCGGCACUUGCCAGCCUCUACGCGGAACUCCGUCCGGAGAGCGGCACGAGCGGGAACCGGUCUCGCGUAAGCUGGAGCGCGGGCACGGCUCAAGAACAUCCCGUACCGAGGGCAGCCGGCGCGGCAGAGGUCGGCCUGGAGGCACCGUUCGCGAGGGUCGGCCCCUUCGGCCCCCCGCCCCCAAAGCUCUUCCAGGUCGCGUGGAGUAAACCGGCACUGCUCGCCGGUGAGACGGUGCGGAAGGGUCCGACCGGUGGGCUUUUCUGGGCGCGACGGCAGGCGCAGGCGGAUGCGGGACGACUCCCGGUGGACGAGUCGGAGGGCUUGUGGCUCGAGUCGAGCAGCGCUGGCGGUUGGGGACGCCACCCUCGGCUGACCCACGCGGCGGGAAAGUCCCCUGAAGGAGCGGCUGGAUUGCAGGAGGUGAGGGAGAGGAUGGGCAGCGCGGAGGGGAAGCUGCUGGAGUGGAUGGUGCGCUGGGCUGAUCGGCGCCGGGCCACGCCGGGACACCGCGCCAAAGGAGGGGACGGCGCGGUCAUGAGGGUUCGGACGUCCACGGCGGCCCUCCUCACCAGCCUGUGGCUGCUGGAGCGCCGGCACGGCCUGCGGCCCGCCGCCAGCCCUGCGCAGCAGGACACGGUGGUGGGGUCGGCGCGGGUGAAGGUGGGGGUGGCGCAGCGAUCAUCGGAGAAGGGGGGCAGCACGGACACCGGAUACCACGGCUCCUCUGACACCCCGCCGCCUCCUCCCCUCGCCGCCGCCCAGCGCGUCGCGCUCGCACGCCACAAAUCGGCAGGGCCGGUGCUGGGUCCUCGGACGCAAGUGGCGACGGUUCACCCGGCGCUGGGGGAGGAGGAGGAAGACCGCGCGACUCCCAUCGCCGCCGCGGCUGGCGACGAGCUGGAGACGUCGGAUUCGGACGUCGACGAUGUGCGAGACUCGCGGGACGACGACGACGACGAUCAACAGCUCGGACCACACGGACGCGGCCGGGACGAGCCGAGGGACGAGAGCUCGGGCGAGGGUAGCCGGCCCGAGUCGCCCACGUCCCUGUGGUCGCCCACCGCCUCCGUCGUCAAGCCCUGCCGCAAGUCCAGCCUCAGCUUCCUGCGCGAGGAGGACCCUGGGCUUCAACUGGGACCCCUGCACCAGCAGCAGCAGGAGGGAUCUUCAUCCAGGACCGAUCCGUCGCUCCGAGCGGCGCCCACCGACGGGGAGUCGAUGGCGUCUCUGCACGGGGAGUCAAGGGCUCGGGCUGCGGGGGAGCUGGGGAGAGGGCGCGGGGGGUCGAGCCACGCGGAGCGACCCCACGCUGCAGCCGACGCCGGCUCCGGGUCAUCGCGUGUCGCCUUCAUGGAGGAGGUUCAGCGCUUUGCCCAGACGCAGCAGCACAACUUCAUAUCCAUGAUGCAAGCAGUGGCGAUGUCGCUGCCCGGCUUCAUGAGCUCCGACCAGAGCAGGCACCCUCCUCCUCCACCUCCUGUGCCACCACCACCAUCACCGCCCUCACCACCGCACUCCCACCACGAUCAUGCCGAUCACGACCGCUACCACCACAGUCGUACGCACCACGAUCAGACUUACCGUGGUAAUGUCCACCAUGAUCGCGGCAACCACGAUCACACUCAACGCGACCGCAACCACCACGACCGUGCCAGCCACGAUUCCAACUACCACGAUGAGACCCACCGUGAACACACCCACACGAGCUACCGGCAGCAGCCACCAACUCCACCACCAGUAUCUGCUCCACCACCAGUACCACCACCACCACCACUGCCAGCUGACCGCCCCACUGCAUUGCCUGCGGUGCCGCUGGGUAAUGGAUCUCUGCUGGGAGGGAGGGCGGCACAAGGACCCCUGGAGCCGGGUGGCCAAGCGGGCAGUGCAACGUGCCUGUCGGACCACGGCACCAUCGAGCUGUCCAGGCCGCUGGUGCUCGAGGAUUUGGACGCCCCCGGCCUGGACUUUGCCCGAUCUGCGGCUGCAAUGUCGGCGUCCGAGCUGGCGCUGCCGCUGCUGACGCUGAGCGGGGAAAGCCAGCGGGCGCUGCCGGCUCAGCUCGGCCAGCCCUCGCUCUCGCUGCCACCGAUCGCGGUGGAGCCUGAGGCCGCCGGCCUCACCACGCCGGCGCUGAGCGGCAUGCCGCUCCUCACGCUGCCGCCGCAGUCGGCGCUGCCAACUUUCCUGCCGCCACCGCCGCUGCCACUGUUUAUCAAAAGCGGCGCCGGGCUUGCAUUCGCUGGGGUCCCCACGCUACGAGCUGCACCGCCGAGCCGCCCCGCCACCGCCUGGCCUCCCAGCGGUCAUCACGGUCGGCCGCAACCGCACGCCGCUGCUCCCCACGCCGCGGCAGCGCCGCCGCCGCCGCCGGCGGCGUCGCCGGCGCCGCCAACGCACCUCGACCUCUCUCAGUACGACCCGCACUCGCUCCAGGAGGCCCGCGAGCAGCAGGCGCGGCGCUCCCAGCGCAGGCCGGACGUAGCUCACGCGCACCUCAACCUGGACUUGUACGAGCUGUCGGGCGCGCCGCGUGACGGCGCCGCGCCGUUUUCCCCACCACGUCGGGCGGCCACCGCUGGCGCCGCCGGCCCCACCGCACCCGCGCCGGGGCCGGCGUUCCCGGUGGCGUCCGGCCAGGGGGCGGCGGCGGCGGCGGCGGCGGCGUCGGCGUGGCCGCUCUUGGGCUUUGAGCCAUCACUGCCGCCGGCGACGUCGUACCAGACGGCGCACCUUACCUACGGCGAGCCGCCGCCGCCGCCACCUCCGACAGUUAACUUGAUGCUCCCGCCGAUGGCUGUGCCGAACGCCGCCGGGCAGACGCUCGCCCUGCCACUCCUGCACCUCCCAGCGCUGCCGCCCGUUGCGAGCCCGGCGCGCGCUCCAUCUCCUCCGCGCUCCGUUCCCCACCUCAUCCCGCUCUCCCAGCUGCAAGGCAUCCAGAAUGGGGGGCUGCCCCCAGAAAACAUCGGCUCCAGUGGGCUACAGCUGAUCUACACGGCCCCCCCAAACGAGCGUGACGCGAGGAGGAGGAGACGCCGGGCGGAGGAGACGGACCCCGAUACGUCCAACAAAAGGCCGUCCGUGUCCUUCAGACCCGAAGAGUCCAUCAUCCCCACGGAGGGACAACCACGGACGCGCGAGGAGUCGCAGCAGACAGAAGUUGACCUGGACGGAGACGGAUACGUGAUCAGAGCCGGUGCGUUCAGGGACAUGCUAGCGCGGCAGGACGUGCUGCGAGGUGCCGUCCCCUCCUCGGCCGAGCUUCACCUGUUUGCUAGCACCAGCAAGAACGCGGCGAGCAUGCGGCACGCGGCCACCAACACCACCACGACAGACGACAGCAGACCCGUGCUGGCUGGGCACAUUCUGCCCCCGGACGUCGUGUUUGGACUACGCUACCCGGACCGGCAGGGGGGAGCCCCAGCCUCGACGGCUCCCCACAGUCAGCCAAGCGAGCAGGUGGAGCUGGCGCACCGCUUCAUCAACGUGGUGGACAUCGACGACGACCAGCUCAGGGACCUGCCGGUGGCCGGGGCGGCGUCCGCGGGCGAAGCGGCCCGGCCCGCCGCCGCAUCGGCGGCGGCCACCCUCCCCGAGCCAUCGAGCGCCGAGCUGCACCUCUUGGCGGCCUCCGUGGUCAACGCGGUGCAGCCGGUACCGGGCCGCGAGCGCCAGCCUUCGCCGUCCCGCGGCGACCGUCUCACCGGGCGGCUGCUGCUGCUGCAGGAGGACCGUCCGACGGCGGCGCGGCCGCCGGCGCCGCCGGCCGAACAACGGGAAGGUGCCGGGGAUGCGGGGCCGGUGCGGGGGCCCGGCGGGCCCGGCGGGCUCGGGGGGGCGCACGGCCGCGCGGCCGCCCGGCUGCGGCACAUGGACGCACAGCUGGCGGCGUUGCAGCGCGUGGCGCACAGCGUGGAGGCAGACUUCCGCAGCGCCCACCUGCUUGUGGACACCAUUGAGCAGCUGGGUGGGGUCGUGCUGCCCAAAGACCCCGAGGUCACGGCUGGACGCCACGCCCCAUGGCGAGGGCCCUCCACGGACAGAGAGCUGGGGCAGACGGGUGGGUGGGCAGCGCCGUCACAGUGGGAGCUGGACGUGGAUGAAGCGGAGAACGGACACCGCCCGUCCAGCGGCACAUCCGUGGACGUCUUGGGAAGGGACGUGCCAUCACCGACCCUCCCUGAUGCGGGUGACGGAGAGCUAAUUUACGGCGUAGACAGGGACGAGGAGUUGCGCUGGAGUGGCCUCACAGGAGUGAGCGACAUCAUCGCCGACGUCGUCAGAGACGGCGGUGCGGCCGACAUGGGGCUCAGCCCAUCGCAGGCACAGAGGAUAGUUGCCGAGAGCGCCGCGCGUGCCGCUGGGCGCUUGCCGCAGGAGGACGAGCGGCGCAGGCUGCGCGAGUGGAUGAAGCAGCGCCGGCUGCAGCAGCUGGCCGAGUACCGGCGCGAGCGCGCGGGGCUGCGCGAUCGCGAGCGCGCGCCGUUCACCUCCGCCUCCUCCAAGCCGCCCGCGGCCGACGGGAAGCCGCUGAAGCUGUCGCUGAAGGAGAAGGAGGAGAGGGACAGGCUGACCCGGGCACAGCAUGCGGAGCGCAGGGCAGAGGACGCGCGUGUGCUCAUGGGGCAGCUCCUGUCCGAGACGGCUCCAACUCCCUCCCGGCGGUCCGGGGCCCCUGCCCCCACAGCUCGUGCACGGAGCCUCACUCCCACACGCGGGGCCGUCGACGCAUUCCGAAGCAGGAGCAGCUCCUCCGGUGGGGAUCGACCCUCGGCACACGGCGCUGUGAGACGCGGAACGCCGGCCGGGCCGCGCCAAACCCCGGCCGCCGUCAGGCCGCGCAGCGCCAGCGCCGGCCGGACCCGGCAGCCGCCGCCGGCGACGGCGAGGCCCCGCGCCGUCUCGUUCAGCAGCCGCGUCGCCACGGCCGCCGGCGGUCGCCCUCCCCGGCGGGGAGAGCUCGGCGCCACCCGCACCCUCCGCUCGGCUGAGGAGCGCGGGCGCAGCGCCAGCUCUGCCGCCGCGCCGCUCCGUCCGGCUCUGAAACAGCCGAUGCAGUCUCCGCCGCACCACGCCGCCGCCACCGCCCUCCGCAGGCCGGGCUCCGGCGGGAGAGCGCAAUCGCCGCUCAGGGCCGGGAGAGGAGGGGAACUGCCGGCCGCUGACGGCCGCUGGGACGGAAGGAGGAGGGAGGACGGAGCGAGGAUGGUAGAGGAGAGGUGGAGGACGACCGGGGAGGGCGGGGUGGUGGGAGACUCGGCGGAGCUCUCUGCGAUGAGCAACUGGAGCGUGCCGGACGACGUGCUGAGACUUCUCGACAGAGACGACAGCGGCAGCCUGCUGGGGGUUCCAGGAUUGCCCGAGGACCGAGACACGGACCUGGAGGCCCUGAACGUGCGCGCGGGUCGAGCUCGCAACGCAGCAGCAGCAGGAGAAGAAGGUGGCGACGAUGAUAACGACGUGUCGCAGAGCACCGGCAGCAUCCUGUGCAACACCGACUGGGGCGCCGUCGAUUACAUGUUGGCGAGCCUGCAGCAUCACGCCUGACGGCCGCCCCGUGUGUCUCUGCGAGUCUGCGUGGUCUCCAUGCGAGUCUUAGGAAAAUGUGUGCGGGUUUAUAGGCCUCACUGUGUGAGUCUUAUGAGUCUCCAUGUGAGUCUGUGGGUCUCCAUGUGACUGUGUGGCUCUCUGCGUGCGAAUCUAUGGGUCUCUGUGUGAACCUGGGUCUUUGUGAGUUUAUUGGGCUCUCUGUGAUUCGAUAUGUUUAGGAUCUUUGUGUGAGGCUCUGGGUUUCUGUGAAUCUAUAAUUCUUGGGAUCUUUUGUGCCAGUCUAUUUGCCACUGUAUGACCCUGCAAUGAGCUGGGUAUGGGUAGUCUCAGCUGUUAUAGGUGUAUGUGGCAGUCUAUGGGGUUGGCACGUUAUAGGUGAAUGUGAGAGUUUGUGGGUUUGGCAUGGUACGAGACUAAGCCUAUGUUUGUGUUUUUUUUUAACACGAUUGAUGAGCACAGGCCCCAAGGCUUUAAAACGUCAAGCGGCCAGCAACAAACAGCACUAUAAAAGUUGUAAGAGUUGACGCGUUUCUCGAAUUGAGCACGGUUAUUACCAGAGCUCGAUAAGAGAGAGAUGACGAUGGGAGGAGGUCACCUCACUCGUCUCGCUGCGAGGGUGCCGAGCGGCGAGAAGCCAAAAUCGAAAAAUAAUGAACGCCUAGAAUAAGUCGAGUGGCCUUUUUGUGUUUUUACUGCAGCUCGCAGGGAUUCUCGCCGCCCGAACAGCGUUGUGUGGUAAUAAAUGAACGGACUUCACACAAGCUCGUCAAACCCCCCGCCCCCCGUUCCAUUCCUUCGGCAUUGAGGCAGCCACCUCCCAGCUUAGGGCCAGCCGAAUAAUGGCAGUAGAGGGGAUUGACUGAUACCGCCCUCGCACAGAUGCGUUUUCUCCGGGUCACCCGGUUUUCUGCCACGUGUAUAAACACUCAGUAGUCACGGGCUUGGUCAAACAUCCCGAAUACAGGAUCACGGAGCUUGGUUGAUUGUUGGUGCCGGCUCUGGCUGUCUUCCCUUGUUGUGUCUGUUUAGUCCGUCAGCCUAUCAGCUUCCCAAACCAAUCUGUUUCCAGCAGCGUCUGUUUUAAGCGCGCAAGCUCUGGACCGCUUUGAGAACGUUUUCUUUUCCUCGUGGGCUGACAGCGGAGAGAGCGAUCCCUUGGUGGUCUGGUGGCUCGCGGAGGAUCCGGAUUGCGGAUCAACGGCGGCCGCGAGCGCCGCCUUGCGGCCCGCCACGCCGUCUUAUCCACGGGCUGCUGAUUGCAAAAUCGUCGGCGAGUAAACCCGGUGGCGAGCGACAAAACCACGGUUCCCUUAACUCGGUCCGCACCCGAGCGCUCUGGAAACGGCGCAACUCAGAUCUCCUGCAACUGCUGUGUCCACACAACUGAGCGAACAGGAGCCCGAUAAGGACCUUGGUGUCUGGCCUCGCCCUUGACGGCAUAGCCUAGCCCCCCCCCCCCCCCCUCCGCCCCCCCCCUGGUCAGAUCAGCUCUGGGCCGCCCACGUCAGGAUUGUAACGACCGAUUGUAACUCGCGAUUUUGAGCACGCGGUGAACCACGCCGCUACAAAUUUCGGGAGCAGAUGGCCGCUUGAAAGUCGUUUCUGCGUAACCAAACACAAAAAUCAGUUCUAAGCUAAUUUCUUAACCACUGCUUUUUGUGUUUUAGUUUGUUGUCCUCCCACCCACACCGCCGAUGCGCACGGUUUCGCUAUGUAUGGUGUGAAAGAAGUUAAACAUACUGUUUGCUUACAACAAUUUAGAUGCGUGCAACUGCUCGCUCAGAUGUGGACCCAGCUCAUAGCCAAACGAACGUGGUGUGUGUUCAUGUCAUCCGUGGCCAUCCCUCCCCACCCCUCUGGCACUGCCCCAGACAAUUGAACGUUGGCCGCGUUCAACUCGUGCGUGUGCGGUGGGCGAGCGAAGGUCUCCGUUUAUUUAAUUUUGCGACUGCGACGGCCGAGCGCAGAGCGGCGUAGGCGCCACCGGAUGGCAGGAAGAUUGUCGUCUGCCCCGGUCGGCCACGGACACAGCGGCCGGCUCCUCCGGUGGCAAGGGUUGCGAUGACGGCGCGGGCUGCCCGAUUUCGACAGCGGUCGUGUUUGCAAAUCCGAUCAAAUGUUCGCGUUUUUACCGGGCCGCCUUUUCUCUGUGCAGACUGCGGCGGUGUCCAAACACGGAACGCGCCGCCGCUGUCCUCCUGAAUGUGACCAAAUCGCCGUGGGAAAUGAGACCCAAUUAUAUUUUUUGUUAUGAAGACGCGGCUUGUUUUGGUUUAUUUUUGCUUCUUCUUCUUCCCCGUUGGUUAUUUAAACGUCGCGUUUGGCGGCGCGCAUUCAGACUCGAAACGAGAAGCGCUCGCUGUCGUGUUUGCACGAGGACGACUUUGGCAGAGGCGGUCGGAGACUUCCAAAAGCCUCGGGAGUAAAAAAACGCCGAGAUGGCUGUGAGACGCGCGAAACCGCAGAGUGAGACGCGCCAACGCAGCCCCCACUCCGGGGGGGGAGGGGGGGGGACGAGCGGCCACACGCACUGGUCAAGCCCCUCCCGCGACCACGGCGUGUGUUGUGUGUGCGCGCGCGCGUGCGUGUGGAUUGGAGGUUAUUUGAAUGGAUCUCGGAGGUAACUCCGUGACAUCUGCCUCUGCGGCUCGUUGCGAGUGGACUCUCCGCCGCCCCGUCAGUCGACGCCAGGGGCACAGUUGUUAAAUUUCGGUGGAAGUUUUUUUUUUAAGUUCCCGCCAUCGAGCCGAUGCGAAUCCACCCCGCGGGCGCGAACUCUCGCGUGGAAGAUCACAGAAACUUGUGCGCGCGAUUGGGGUUACGAAUUGCAAAUCCGUGGACCCACUUGACGUCGCGCAAAAGAAUUAAUGAAUGGGUUAGUGCAUUGUAAAAUGAGUUUGGGCAUGGCUGAAUGAAUGGCUGAAUGAGUAAAGUGCAUAGGUAAGUGAUUGAAUUGGUGAAAUGAGUGAGCGAGUGGAUGUGUUGGUGAACGGGCUAAGGUGUGGGUGAAUGAACGCACGGGUGAAUUGAUGGGUGGAUGAGUUGCCGGACGAAUGAGCGAUGUACCGAACGGACGAACACGACUCGACCGACUCGGUGAACGCAUUCACGAACUGAGCGGAAGGAAUUAAAGAGUGCGGCUUGACCGAAUCAACGCCACCACCAGGAGGCGCCCUCUGCCUGAAUCACAACCUUCACAGACACCCCUGCCCCCCACCGAAGCCUUACUUCCCCAACCCCCUUCCUCCGGGGUGUGGCAGCAGCGGCGGCGGCGGCGGCUCUUGAUGCCAAUUCCCAACAGGUGGAGCCGAACUUAAAACCACCUCCGCCGCCGCCA